UGAACUACCUUUUAAAUCAUGGUUUGAAUGUGUAUCUCUGAGUGUUUCCUUCUGACCCUUUCAACCAGUAUAUCCAAUAAUACUGCUAGCCAUCGAUACUUAUGCAUCUAUCAGUCUCAUGUACUCUCUUCCUCUCUCUCACUGCAAGGGAAUAGAUUCAGGUUUGAUUGGCUUAACAUGUUGUUUUAAUCGACUUAAUCAGAUGAUCACCAUUGCAAGAUGCAGUAAUUGACAAAUUACCUUGUUAGAUCUUCCAAUUACCGAGAAAUUGCUGAAUAUCAUUGGCUGUGUAUCCAAGGGCUGCUUGACGACGUGAUCGGUCGGCGCUGAGUGUGACUUGUUCCAGUUGGGCAAGAGUUCCUAAUAUUUAACAUCUUUGAGUGUCAUCUCAUACACAUAUUUCUCGUCAAAAGUGCAAUUCCCUUUUUAAGGGUGACUGAAGAACCUUGCCGCUCAUCGCUUGUUUCUUUCUCUCAGUUGAAUACCCUGCCAAGUACAAGGAAGAUAGUGGAUGAAAAUAUUAUAAGCUGCGGAGGCUUCGAGAGAUGACGGCCACUUGAACGGUUCUAUACUUGGAUAUCAAGCGUGACUUGUGCCAUUCUACAAAGCCAUGUCCAUUGAGAAUACUGCAUGACAUGGAAUACUCGAUGCUGAUUUCAUUUGGAAAAUAUACACAAGCAAAUUCAACAUUCUUGCAGCUUGGGUGAAACUUGUGAGUGUUCAGUGGAUCUCUGAAUAAGGAAUAACUCGGUGCGCUGUUUGAUCAGCAAAUGUAACGUAGUGAUGAUAUUUUACCUCCAUCUUGUGAAGUGUGGAUGCGGUCGCCAUGGAAAUGGAUUAUGAUACAAACAGCAUGGAUGGGCAGAGCCCGUCGGAUGAUAGGUCAGAAAUUGAGCUGGCCUUCGAAAGAUGGUUGUAUGACAAGAUCAAUACCAAGUCAAGUGAACAGCUUCCCAACAAGAGAAACCUACCUACUGAUAGUGUCUUAAGAACCAGAGAGAACGUACCUCUACAGUCUGUGCAUGUCACUACCGAACAGGUCUUGGAGCUGUUCAGGCAACACAAUCAAGACAGCCAAGACGCCUACGAACUACAGGCCAUCCUCAGUGAUCCCUACUUCAGGGCACUGCUACAGGCCCAUGACGUGGUAGCCCACGAAGUUUACAGCGACCACGCGAUCAGGGUGACUCCACCCCCUGUUAUGCCCUACCUCAACGGAGACACUGAACUGAUGCAACCGCCCAACGGCAACAUGGACCAGACAGACGCAGUCACCAGGGUGCGACUUGUGCAGUUCCAGAAGAACUCGGAAGAACCCUUGGGCAUCACACUGAAGAUGAACGAAGACCGACGAUGCAUUGUGGCUCGCAUCAUGCACGGCGGCAUGAUCCACCGCCAAGCCACUCUCCACGUCGGUGACGAGAUCCGCGAGAUCAACAAUGUCUCUGUGGCCAACCAGACCGUCGAUCAACUCCAGAAGAUGCUGCGGGAACUCAAAGGCAGUAUCACCUUCAAGAUUGUGCCAAGCUACAGGAGUGCACCCCAGCCUUGUGAGAUCUAUGUCCGAGCCCAGUUUGACUACGACCCAGGUCAGGACGACUUGAUACCAUGCCAACAAGCAGGUCUUAGUUUCCGUUGCGGGGAUAUCCUCCAGAUCAUCAGUAAAGACGAUCAUAAUUGGUGGCAAGCCAGGAAAGAGGGUGAACCUCUUAACGGUACGGCUGGUCUCAUUCCAUCACCAGAGCUGCAAGAAUGGAGAGUAGCAUGUCUGGCAAUAGAGAGAGCGAAGAAAGAGCAACAAGCGUCGUGUACGUGGUUUGGGAGAAGAAAGAAGCAGUACAGGGAUAAAUACCUAGCCAAACAUAAUGCAGUAUUCGACCAAUUAGAUCUUGUCACAUACGAAGAGGUGGUUAGGUUGCCUGCGUUCAUGAGGAAAACGUUAGUUCUAUUAGGAGCCCACGGCGUCGGCAGGAGACACAUAAAGAACACACUCAUCACAAGUCAUCCCAAUAAAUAUGCAUAUCCAAUCCCACACACAACGAGAAGGUGUAAAUCCGACGAGGAAAACGGCAAAAACUACUUCUUCGUCUCGCAUGAAGAGAUGAUGAAUGACAUUGCCAAUAACAAGUAUCUUGAGUACGGCACGCACGAAGAUGCUAUGUAUGGGACCAAGCUAGACACAAUCAGGGAGAUCCACAACAGAAGUCUGAUUGCUAUACUCGACGUAGAACCUCAGGCUCUGAAGGUUUUGAGAUGUGCCGAGUUUGCUCCAUUUGUUGUUUUCAUUGCUGCACCAACUCUCACAGGCAUGAAUGAUGUACAUGAUAGUAGCCUGGAAAGACUUGCCAAGGAAUCCGAGCUCCUCCGCCAAGCCUAUGGUCACUUCUUCGACCUGACCAUCGUCAACAACGACAUCGACGACACGAUACGCACGCUGGAGAACGCCAUGGAGGAGAUAUGCACCACGCCGCAGUGGGUUCCGGUCAGCUGGGUCUACUAAGGUCAAAGUUCAUUCUAUCCAUUUCCUGUUUUUUUCCACGGGGUGGGCGUCGACCCGCUCGGAUUGUUCUCAAUUUGCACACAUUUCUAUGGUGUUUCUAUCACCGGUAUUCUUACUUCGCAUUCACCGUUAACAGCCACUGGUCUGAACCCUGACUUCUGAAUUCUCUAAUUAUCGUUGACUCUGACGAGGGAUAAUCAUCCGGUUCCAGUAGGCAAUGGAUUAACCUUUAUGAUUACUGAUUCGUCUAAUUAUCAUGGACUAUGAGCAUGGAUCACAGUUCCCGAAGGCGAUGGGUUAACCUUUAUGAUUACUGAAUCGUCUUAUUAUCAUUGACUAUGAGCAUGAAUUACACAGUUCCAGAUGGCAGUGGGUUGAUGUAUAUCCUGAAGUCUGGCUGCCUUUUGCAACGAGUAGAGGCCAUGUAUGGAAGGGCAGUCAACCGUGCAGGACUUCAAAUCAAGGUUGUUCAGCUUUCACAGAAUCUAAGAAUGAGACUGCAAUAGCCACGUUGGAUUCAUAACUGUUAUAUAUGAUUCAUUUUUAUAUAAGCACUGUUCAUUCUGUCACUGCUUUCAAGUGAACUGUUUGAAAAUGAUCGAGUACCUAUACUCGGCAAUGGAGAUCACCAGUCCCAGCAUGUUUAUUGCUGGAAUUAUGUUUUCAGAAUGCAUCGAGCGUUGAAAGUUUGGACUUCGGCCUCUGCUGACAUGAUGGAUCCCCAAUUGCAUAUCCCAUGAUUAUGAUAAUGACUAUAAUAAUCUGAUUUUAUGUAAAGCUUAUUAUAUUAGGAUGAUGUCUUUGAGAGCUUUACAGAUAUGUGCAGGCAUAUCAUAACCCUGGUCAUCGGAUCAUGGCUUACCCGGAUGCAGUGUAUGCACUUCCUCCACUCCCUGAGGAAGCAUUCCAACAUGGAUUUCUUAACUCAUUUGCAAAGCAUUCUACAUAGGCUUUCGCAUCCUCGGGAGAUACCCAUUGAACACCUGGGUGGAGUGUGGCUAUGUAUGGAUUGAUGCCUUGCCAAAGGAUGCUAGGUCAGUGUGGGAUUUGAACACGUGACCCUCUCAUUACAAGGCCAGAGUCAGAACUGCUAUCACAGCGCUUCAUUCGAUCAUCCUGCACUGUGCACUCUUAGAGGAAGCCAUCCAAUAUUUGCCAAGAUUUACUUUUUGGAACCUACUGUCUAAUCAUGUGUACUCGAUUAAAAGAAGAAAAUACAAGAAGCCUAAAGAAUUAAUAAUAUCUUUGGUUUGUAUGAUCAAUUAUAUGAAUCUUUCGAAACUUGAAUGAUAUUUUUAUCAUAUUACCAAUAUGUCAUGUGUUUUAUCGCCAAUAAAAGAGGCAGGUAAUGUCUUUGAGAACACGUUCUGUGAGAAAAUCAUUGAUAUAUGUAUGGAGUUUGGUACCAUUGUUAAUAUGAAGAGGAAAUCGAUGAAGUUAGUGAAAGCUGUCACUUAUCAUGGUGAACAGUCAAACUGUUAAAACUUCAUGGUAUUUUAUCUGGAUCAUUGCACAUGCAAUGCAAUUGCAAACCUGAACUUGUGCAUCAUGCAGACAUUUGAAGCAAUGGAAACAUGCCUUUGAUAUUGAAAAUCAAACUGCUUUGAAAACUAACAUACUGCCAAGUCUAUGGGUUUCUUACAUUUUUCUUGUUGGGAAUAAAUCGACGUUGUGUUUGAGGCUACAGGAAAGAAAUGGUAGUUAGUGGAAUACCUUACAUAUUGGUAGCUUCAUAUCAGGAUAUUUUUUUUUCUCUGAGAUUGAUUAUGAAAAUUGACACAUUGUAUUUGAAUUUUAGGAAUUAGUGGCACACGCAAAGAGCUUUCUGAGGAAAGUAUGUUCCAAAAUUUGAAGUAUUGCCACUUGUAUUUUUCUGAAAAUUCCUGAGCAUCCCCUAAGUUCUUUUGAGUGAGCAUUUGUCGUUUUCAACUGCCUUGGCAACUG